AUGAUGUCGGACGAUCACGACGACAGCCUCUUCGCAAUCGAAGUGGACACCGACGACUACGCCGAAACAGCCGCCGGCGACACUCCCAGCGUCCCACGCACGUUCCAGUCUGAAGCCGACUACCAAGCGCAAAAAGCUUCCUACCGCGCAAAAAUUGAUACUGGCAACAACCUCGAUGCGCUAUACAGAGCUGUACCAUACCUCAGACCGAGCGCACCCGAUGCAAAUGAGCUGGAGAAUGAAGAGUGCGCAGAAUCACAAGAGCUGAAAAAGAAGAUCGUAUUGGGGAAGAAGGAUGUGAUGUUACUUGGGUACGCUUUGGGCGAGAUGUAUUAUGAGAGGAGGUAUCAGGAGAUCAUUGAACUUUGUGAGAGGGUUGAGGAGGUCUGUUUGGUUGAGGGAGACAAGAAGCUGGGAGAGGCGCUGGGACGGUGGAGGGAGAGGUGCAAGAGUAGGAUGUCUAGCGAGGUCGCAACAGCGGGAAGAGGGUGA